GGCGUCUUCCCCUGCUCUGCGCGGCUGUAGCCAUGGGCGCGUGCCCUGGUCGCGAUGCGCCCGCCGCUUGUUGUGGCCGUCGCGGGGGAGUCGAGGUCGCUGGCGCGAUGCCGCUCAGUAGGCGACUCGCCAGCAGCCAAACACUCCAACACGGCCCAGGCAACAGCUGCUGCAGCAACAGCUGCUGUUGCUGUUUGUCUUUGCUGUCCGUAGGCUGCUGCGGGGCACUUCACUCUGUGCGGGAGGUCUCUGGGGGGCCACGGUUCGUGUCCCUUGCGACCAGCGCCCCAGAACGACAGCAGCCCUGCCACCCGACUGUGGAGUGACCGCUCAGCCGCCGUCACUCCGCCUCUCUCCCGCUCUGUACACCGGCCGCACCUCCGAGGAGCACUGUUGGCUACGUACGGUGCGAAAGACGUUCAACAGACAGACAUACAGACAUACAUACAGACAUACAGACAUACAUACAUAUAGACAUACAGGCAUACAUACAGACAUACAUAUAGACAUACAGACAGACAUACAUACAGACAAGACAUACAGACAUACAUACAGACAUACAUACAUAUAGACAUACAGACAGACAUACAUACAGACAUACAGACAUACAGACAUACAUAUAGACAUACAGACAUACAUACAUACAUAUAGACAUACAUACAGACAUACAUACAGACAUACAGACAUACAGACAUACAGACAUACAUACAGACAUACAGACAUAUAGACAUACAGACAGACAUACAUACAGACAAGACAUACAGACAUACAUACAGACAUACAGACAUACAUACAUAUAGACAUACAGACAGACAUACAUACAGACAAACAUACAGACAGACAUACAGACAUACAGACAUACAGACAGACAGACAUACAGACAUACAGACAGACACUAAACAUGUCGCUGGGUAGGAGACUUCGACCAACCUCAGCCACUGCAAGGCUACAGACCCACACAGCCAGCAGCGUCUUUGAGGAGCGACGCCCGGCCACCGCCUUCGCUGCCGCGGGCAACCGGCGGGAGCAACCUUCGGCACGGCACGACCCGGUGCGGCCGUCCCGCUCCCAGAGCGCGUUUCCCGGCGCAUUAGUGGCCACCGUCCCGGGGCGGGUGGUGACGGCGCACGGCCACGGCGGCCCCGGCGCGACGGGAGACGCGAGGCCCCGGCGGUCGGAGACGGCGCCGGGGCCUCGACGGCACUCGGUGUCCACCGCGUGGGACGCGGCUCGCUGCCAACGGCCACUCCUCCGCCGGGACCUGUCCAUGGCUCGGAUUGAAGAGAGUGUGACGUUAGAGCAUUUGGAAAAGCUGAAGACUGCCUUUGAGGAGGAAACCCACGUGGGUGCAGCAGCAGCAGGAGGAGGGGCUCUCGGUUUGGAGGGCUUCACGGCGGCCCUCAAGGGCGCCCUGGGGCCCCGAGGCACGAAUGAGGAACAGAUUUUGGAACUCUUCAAGAAAAUUGACUUUGCAGCUGAUGGAGCCAUUGAGUGGGAGGCGUUCUGCACCCACAUGCAGCUGCGGUGCGCCGAGCGGCAGGAGGCUGCGCAGCGCGCGCGGCGCGUCUCGCUGCGCGUGCCCGCGCCGUGCCGGCCCAGCCCGCACCGCGCCCCCGUGGCGCGCGUGGAGAGCGCUCCGGACGGGACCGCGGGCUUCGUGUCCGCCUGCGGCGCCGGCUCCGUCGCCUUCUGGGCGACCGCGGCGGGCGCCCCGCAGCUCAAGCGCUGCCGCGCCACGCUGGAGGAACACAAACCGAGCAACCGAAGCAAACAGAAAUGGGCCUCGGACUUCGCGUUGAUGCCCCAGUACAACAAGUUCAUUAUCGCCACUGGGGACCGUGAGAUUCAGCUGUACGAGGUGUCCACCUUCGAGCCCUACUGCCAGAUCAAUGCUUUGGAGACGGUCCCCCUACGCAUCAACUACAGUCACACGGGAGAAGACGAGUGCAUGAUUCUCUACGGAGAUUCAGAGGGCUGUGUGAAUAUCUUGUUAAUCUCAUCAGUGGGGGAGACACUAAGGCUUUGGAAGAAGAAUCCUCCAGUGGAUGGAGUGCCCAGUAUCACCCUGGAGAAUGCCCUCCACCACUCCAACCUCACCUACAUCCACUGGAAAGUGCACGACGACUGGGUGACAGAGCUUAAGUAUUACGAGUCCAUCCGGGCAGUGAUAUCCUCCUCAAACCACGAAGGCACUGCACUUGUCAUUGGGUGCACGACGGGCGCCACCAACCUGGAGGAGGAGCUCGUCAGGGACACGGCCGGGAACCUCCGCGCCAGGCGGCCGUGCGGCCUGGGGGCGGCACGACGCAGAGCGGCCACCGACCAGACGGUGUUCCGCGUUCACAAGGGCGUCAAGACGUUCUGCUUCAGCAAGGAGAGGAGCCUGGUGGUGACGGGCGGCAUGGACCGCACCGUGCGCCUCUGGAACCCUUACGUGCCCGGGAGGCCCACGGGUGUACUGAGGGGCCACACGUCGCCCAUCUGCUACCUGGCCAUCUGUGAGGAGACGUCCCGCAUCUUCUCGGUCGGCUCGGACAGAAACAUCAAAGUGUGGGACGCCCAGGAGCAGACUUGCCUGUGCUCCGUGAGCCCCAAGAUGAGCGGCCUGCGAGGGGACGUCUCCGCGUGCCACUACCUGCCGGCCGCCCGGGCCCUGUGCGUCGCCACCGAGGGCGGCGUGGCUCUUCUGUCCGUCCGCGACCGGCUGCACAUGGACGCCGGGGCGGCCACAAGUCACAGGGAGCCGGUGCGCUGCUGUCGGUACAGCGCUGAGUUCCGCCAAGUCGUGAGCUGCUCCGAGGACUCGGUGGUGAAGCUGUGGGACUUGGACUCGGGCCUCCCCACGUUCGAGUUCUGCGGGGCGCACGGGGAGUCGGCCAUCACCUGCAUGGCCUUCGACUCGAGCGGCAGGAGGCUGAUUACAGGCGGGCGAGAUGGGUGUUUGAAAGUGUGGAACUACAACAACGGGCAGUGUUUGCGAACACUCAGGAAACAAAGGAAUGCUGAAGAGAUCUGUGACUGUACGUACGUCGUGGUCAAUAAAAAUAAAUAUAUUAUUUCAGUCGGAUGGGACAAGAGAAUAAAUAUUUUCUUGGAUUCCCAAGAGGACCAACAGCUGAUUCAGUUCCCACAACCGCACUGGGCGGAUGAUUUGAGAAAGGGCCAUCGGGAGGAUGUGCUGUGCGUGGCCCAGUGCCCGCCCAGCCUCCUCGCCACGUCCAGCUACGACGGGGAGGUGAUCGUGUGGAACCUGGUGUCUGGUCACGUGAGCUGUCGCCUGCCUCCACCGCCGGCUCAGCACUCCGCCGACCCUGCAGAGGAUGACGAUCUCAGUGUCUCCAAGGUCAUCUUCCUGAAGAGCCGUGUCGCCCACAAGGACAGGGCUGCUCUGCUCGUUGCGAGCGGGCCACAUGGGUUCAUUCAUUUCUGGAACGUUUAUCACGGAGGACGGCUGUUCGCCAGGUUUCCUGCCGGCCGGCAGGGCAGGCCCGUGUGCUGCCUGGCCUCGGCUCUCGGAGACAGCGUGCUGCUGGCCGCGGAUCAGACGGGCCACGUGUACGCGUGGGACGUGAGCUCGCACGCCAUGCACGGCCCCGAGGAAGAGCCUCCCCAGUUGGUGAGUUUAUGGAGAGCCCAUGUCGGCGCAAUCACAAGCAUGGAUGUCAUCGAGGAGCACAAGCUGCUGCUCACAGCUGCGUUGGAUUGCUCAGUGAGGCUGUGGAGUGUGGACGGAGCCUUUGUUGGCACCUUCGGGCAGGACACCCUGUGGGACAUCCACAACCGCGCCACGUGGAGCCACCCCAUGGGGCCGCUCGAGAUCCUGGUGGACCCCCUCGACCCACUCGCGCCCGACCGCUACGAGCCCAGCGGCCCGGGGGCUCGCGGGCCGGAGCGGACCAAUCGGAGAGAGCGCUCGCUCGAGCGGCCGGCCAAUCGCAACGGCCCAGAGGAGGGGGAGGCGGAGCGCCGAGACCACGUGGUGCAGAGCGAGCCGACCAGAAGUGGCAACGCCGCAGAGACCCGCGAGCUGGCACCCGAGAAGUUUUGGAGCAAGAGGUUGCGGCACACCAGAGCGAGCGGGCAGGGCAAGGCGGGGGAGGGUGCCAGGGGGCCAGGCCCGUUUGGAAGCCUCGCCUGUCACCAGCUGGACCACACCGCUGCUCCUCCGCCGCAAGGGAAACACAUCCCCCCCGUCAGCACUCGCCAAAAGCGUUGACUUCUCUCACUAGGAGCCAAGCCUUGCCAGCGUGGCGUUCAUUUCGUCUUCCCACCCUCUAAAUUGUGCAUAGGUUGGUUCGUUUACUUUUAACAAAGUCAUACUUUGCUUACUCAAACUUCGUUAGGGGGCCUGCAUCAAAUGCUAUUCCGAUAUUAGGAAGCCACUGGAGCUAUGCACUUUUAAAUCUGGAUUGAAAACGAAUUUCUUUGCAACUGCGUUGUGUUUAGUUGUAUUUCCGAUUAGCACCGUUGGCAGCGUAUGGUGCGAAAGAAGUUUAACAUACAUACAAUUGAGGUUUCUGUUCUUGAACCAAUUAUUUUCUGUCAAUCGUCGAUAUGUGAUAAUCAUUCAAUGAAUAUUUACAAGCGAUAUUCCAUACAAGUGUGGCGAAGAAUGUUGUUGACAAUUACAAUUUUUAUAUUUUUGUGCAGUAAUUGGUGACCGUGCUUGUGACUUUGGAAUCAGGUGAAAUAUUGUACUUGAGACGCAGGAUUAAUCGAGCGCGAUUGCUCCUAUUUGAACUCAACAGCUGUGGGUUCGCUACUCUGUACAGGGUGAUGUCAGCCACCAGGACGCCUUGGAAAUGCGAUAACAAUCAAGCAGACCAUGUGCCGAGCAGGAAGUAAACACAAGUUCAGUGUUAUAGUCCCUAAAUAACAAUACCGUUCCAUGUUCAUAACUGGAACGUUGCUGAAUAGUAACAGUUUCAUGUUCCGUAUCGUUUAUUUUUGUCUUAAAACUGUGCUGGGGUCCUCAUAUUACAGGUGAGACAUACUUUCACGAAUUUCCUCAAAUGCACACCAGCAUGCUGCUUGUUCUGUAUGUUUGAAGCCAUAAUGGGAUUGAUUUGGGUUAUAAUCAACGUUACAGAUGCGUACAAUCAAAUAGUAUCGAAACUGCGGGAGCAUACACGUCUUUAAAAGCCAAAUCAUAACAGGCAAUUCAUAAAAUGGUACGGGGAAAACAAUAUAUAUCCAACCUUGCGUGUUUUGACAUUUUUGUUUGUUUAAUAUUUAAUAAUGCCGUAUUAUAUAGCAUGGAAUACUGAUGUUGCUAUCGUGUCUUAAAUUGUGUGCAAUUUCCA